AGGAGUGUAUAGGGCCAGAGGUGAAGGAUGAAGGAUGAAGCUGCGGUUUCUAAUGAAAAAGGAUAGCACGAUACUUGAGAAGUGUAAACAGUUUCAUUUCAGAACGUGGUUUCUUUAACAAAAUUUAAACAAACAAGCACAUGGGGCAGUUGCUUUGCGUGUUCUUGGGCCGUGGAUAUGGAGGCUGAAAGCAGCAGCGUGUUGUGGAUUGUUAUUGUUGGCUUUUUGAUCGCCUUUAUUUUAGCUUUUGGAAUUGGGGCAAACGAUGUAGCAAAUUCAUUUGGAACUUCUGUCGGUGCAAAGGUCUUGACCCUCCGACAAGCUUGCAUUGUGGCGGGCAUAUUUGAACUUGCUGGAGCGGUUUUACUUGGAAGUAAAGUUUCUGAUACAGUGCGGAAAGGUAUAAUAGAUAUCAAUAUGUUUGUUGGCAAUGAGCGAAGUGCAAUGGUUGGUGCCAUGAGUGCACUGUUAGGGACAAGCAUCUGGCUCAUUGUCGCAACCUUCUUCAAACUCCCAGUGUCAGGAACUCAUAGUGUGAUAGGUGCAACUAUUGGUUAUGCCUUGGUGGCAAGUGGGCCUGGUGGAGUAAACUGGGGAAAAUUUGGAUUAAUAGCUGCAUCUUGGGUUAUCUCGCCUGUUUUAUCUGGUAUAAUUUCAAGUGUGUUAUUUGUUCUAAUUAGGAAGUUUAUUCUUUCAAAGAGCAAUCCCUUCAAGCAUGGCUUGCGCGCUCUUCCUCUCUUCUACAGCAUCACUAUAGCUAUAAUUUUACUCUCAAUAUUUUACGACUCGCCUGAAAUUUUGGAUAUAAAUCACAUGCCUGCGUAUGCUGUCGUUAUAAUCAGCUUGGGCAGCGGGAUUUUAGUUGCACUUUUAAUACAGUUUGCCGUCGCCCCUUGGUUAAAAAAGCGGAUUCUUGCUCAAGAAGAAAUAGACAUCCGCAGGGCUUCGGUAGCAGCUGAAGACGAUAGGAACCUGCCAGAGUUGCAGUUACCGGACGAGACACCAGUUCAAAACGGUGAUAUUGGUACAGGAAUUGCAAGAUUAGAGAAUGGUACUCUAGAAAUUCCGAGGUUUAGCGACUUGCUUAGAAGAAAUUUGGAGUCGGAUCAAAUUACGACAGCUUCUUCUUUAUCUUCAUUACCCUCUAUUGAUAAUGAAGAUACGAUUACAAGUGAACCAGACAGAAUGGCUGGAAAUAUGCUUCAGCUUCCAAAGAACAAAUUCAUUAGAAAUGUCAUCGAUGCCGACACUAUUACUGUCUGCUCCGAGUUGUCGACUGAUAGUGAAGAGAAGGCUGAUGCCUCUAGGAAGGAGAAUGCCUCUGAAACUAAUAUCGAGAUGGAGGCUAACGAUAAAAAGGGGGUAGGUACUAGAUUUAGCAUAACAAAGACCGAUGAUGACAAUGAUAAUAAUGAUGGAGAGCAGCGGGCUGCUGAUUUAAGUUUUGAAAUUGAGGAAAGGGAACCACAUGCUAUUCAGGUAGAGAUGCCUAUGGAUGACCAACUGACGCAUCACCAUCAUCAUAUUUCAGUUCCAACAACACCAACCGUUGGCAGGAGAACUGAUGGUAUUAAUCUUAUUGAUGGUGCUGCUAGAAUGUCUAAAGAAGAAGAGAGGGAAAAGAAGAUGAAAGAGAAAACAGAAAAGGACCAAGCGAGGAUGCUUGCAAGAAGCUUAGUUACCGAUGAACCAAAGACCGGUCGACUAUUUCAGUUUUUGCAAAUAAUGACGGCGUCUUUUGGAGCCUUUGCACACGGUGGGAAUGAUGUCAGUAAUGCAAUUGGCCCGGUAAUCUCCAUCUGGGUAAUUUAUGACACUGGUAUGAUACACAGCAAAGCAGCAACACCUAUAUGGAUAUUACUUUAUGGCGGUGUUGGAAUAGUCAUUGGCCUGUUUUUCUGGGGUAGAAGGGUCAUUGAAACAAUCGGAGAAAGUCUUACGCCUGUGACGCCUACAAGUGGAUUUUCAAUUGAAGUUGGAGCUGCAAUGACGGUCCUUUUGGCUUCAAAUCUCAGUAUCCCAGUGUCAACCACACACUGCAAGGUUGGCUCUGUGGUGUUUACUGGUCGCGUCAGGUCACGUGAUGUCGUCGAUUGGUCUUUGUUUGUUAAUAUCGUUGUCUCAUGGGUGGUCACUAUGCCAGUGACUGGCCUCAUCUCAGCUGGUGUCUAUGCCGCCAUUAUGGAAAUCUUAUAGCAAUCGUGCACCAAGCUGCAACUGGCACUCCGAUAAUAAACGAGCGAGGUUUGGUUUUUGAAAAGUAUAUUUUGUAUCCUGUACGGAAGAUGAGAAUUUUUAUCAACUCAAAGAAAGAAGAACAAUUGUGUACUUGCCAUAGUAAAUUCCUUGUAUGAUUUUUGUAAAUAAUUUGAAUUUUAACUUUGAAGAUCAUUGAUUAAAUUGAUUCGAUAAUUUGAACAAUUUAAUCCAAUUAAGACAUGAUUUUUAGAAGUGUUUGUUGAAAUAGUUAACAUAAUCUGUUUAAAAUUGAAAUACUAAUGAAUAUUGUGCGGCCAAAAAAGUGUAUUUAAUAAAACUGAAAUAUAUGACCAGAAUUCUAAAAUUGGAGGAGACUCGUAAGCCUCGAUGCGAAGAGGAGGUGAAGUAGAAAUAAAAGAUGUCUUAGGGAGUAGGUUACGUUUAGAAUGCCAUAUCAAAUAGCCUGAAUACUUUUUGUCAAUUAUGUUGGCCGUAAUAUUUCUUCUUAAUACACAUUCUUGUUUCUAGAUGUUUUUAAUAUAUUUACAUUGGUAUUUGUAUAAAUCAUUUAGCCAAUGCAAUAUAAUGGCAAAUCUAGUCUGUUGGUUUGGGACUUCGCUCUCUGGGUUUAUCAAGCAAAUUGAACUGCGAUUAUUUGCUAGCAAAUACAAGCUGUCCUACUCGAGCGCACACCAUAUGUUGAAUAAAUUCACUUAAAAUGUUGGGGCCUGGUUAGAAACUGAUAGUUUUUAGAUAUAAAACCCUCAGCUGCAUAGAUGCUCUCCCAAGGCCUCGACAUGUACUUUGAUUCGCUGUCAAAGCAAGGCAAUCAAUGAAAGGCAAUCAAGGCAAGAAUGUUAUUGUGCUAUUUCAGAAUUUCUAUGCCUUCAGCAAGUCCUUAUCUUCAAAUCCGGACAUGUACACACAGGCCAAUGUCUCGUGUAAGGUAUAUGUACCCAGAGUAUUCCUGAAUGUAAUUUCGUUAUCUUCGGUGUCAUGGGAGUUCUGGAUUGCUAGGUACACAAGUUGUGCCUGAGCCCGUUUAAUGUCUUUUUAAGGAUCCUUAGUUUUUCUAAACCUCAAAAAUAUAUCUUGGCGUAAACAGAAACGUUGGCAGAAGGCCAAUCGCAGAAACGCCCAUUUCAGAGACGCCAUUUUCAGAAACAACAGUUUGGGAAGCGCCAGUCUUAAUAUUUGAUAAAUAAACUUUUAUCAAAUGUAUAUUUGCAAACAUAUUUUUCUUCAGAUAAUUUAUAAAUUCUAGAGCUGACAAAGUUCAUUUAACAUUGAUUUCACACCAUUAACUUGGCAAAUGUUUUGCGGCUGCAAAAGCAAGUUUGAGGUUGGCUGUGUUAGAAAUUUCAUAUACAUCGACAGUUUGAAAAUCCUCAUUCACAUUACACCACCCUAAUCCUUCUAGAAUCGACGGUUGGAAUAGGCAUGUUUUGAAGGGAUACACAUGGUGAUGAUUUGUCUCAUGUCAAAUGAUGUUUGAAGAGAAACGCCAAUUCUCUGCAAAUUUUCACUGCACAACAAAAAUCUUUUAGGCCUUAUGGAGGUGGGAUUGGAACUGACCUGUAAACAUAAGCGCCAACCACGUGGAGGCUUGGGGACCUCGGGAAUUUUUUAGAAAUGUAUUCGAGGGGCCUCGGCUACCCCUUGCAGCUUUAAAUGCGGAGAAAUUGUUCGAGCUUCCACAGUGCGCAGACUCAGAAAAUAAAUUGGUUUUUUCCAAUAUAGGAAAUUAAAUUGUGAUUGAAAAAUAGAUUCCAUUUGGGGGCCCAUCGCUCGUUUCCUUAAGCCCCCAGAAUUUCGUCUGAUCCUUCUUCUUCAGCACUUUUGUGGGAAUCUGUUCCAUCUAUAUGGCAUCUGAGACAAAAUAAUACUUUCAUUAUGUAAGCUGUCAGCUUGACGGCGACGCUGUGCGACAAAGUGUUUGGAAGCCAAUCUUACUUGCUUCAUUUGACUCUUGCCAGCUCCUUUUUGACAGGGAUCUACCAAUUGCGUCAAACGGUCUCAAACUCACAUCUUUUUUCGUCACCUAUGCGAUGACUCUUAUCGCGUUUGUCUGAUUAUGCCACACGUCCAAAAUCUGAAAGUAAGGCCGCAGUUCAAUCUAGUUCCUAAUAUGGCAGUUUCCACAGCAGUUCGGGAUAUUUUCACUUUUGGCUUUCCGAAAAAACAGGAGGAAAAGAAAAUGUGUUUUGGUCGCUGUAGGCCUUCCGACAAGAAAGUGUUUGUUGGAAUUCGCUGUCUCACUUGUUAUGCUUUGUUAUGUUAUGCACUGAUGCAGUAUGGAAAAUAAAAGGAUUAUUCUCACACAAAAAUAUUCCUCUGAUGUUGAAAUAUAUCUGGCGAAGGUUUCGACAUUUUGGAGAAUCAAAAAAAUCAAGAGCUGCCAUGAAAACUUUCAGAUCUCAGCUAAAUCCUAUUUUUCAUUCAAAACCUGAAUUAGUCAUGAUCUUUACCUUCUCAUAUUUUAAUAAAUAUAACAUUGAUGAUGGAGCAAAACGAAACGUUAAUAACAAAUGUACUACAGACGAGCUAAAAGUAUUCUAAUUUACAAAUAUACUUAUCAAUUACAAUCAUUAUUACAAUCUAUAUGUUAACUUAUCAUUCACUAAAGGGAAAAGUUAUAAACAUAAAAUCCUGUACUGUAUUUUAUUCAAUUAGAGCGCGCUAACUUUCAGGACCCUCAUUAAAUCAAAGUAUAAACUUUUAAAUUUUCUUGCAACUAAUGUAAAACGAAUUUUUGGGAAAAGGAGUUUCACCGUUCUAUUGAGAAUUUUUUUUAGUUAAGUAGGUAUAUUGCAAAGCUAAAUAUGGUUUAAACUGAUACAGUGGUGGAG